GAACCUUUUUGCACAAUGGAUCCUGUUUUACUUGUUAUGGUCAAGGUCGAUGGUUUUUGGGAUUCUGACUAUGUGUUCACCAAUGUGCACACAUGUGGGCUUCAUGUUAACUAUGGUGUUCAAUGUGCUUGUUUUGUUGAUAUGUUGACUGCCAUCCUUUCUCAGUACAAACCUAAUCAUAAUUUCAGGCUUUCUUAUAUGAGAGAUGGAUUCCCUCCUCCUGUAACUAUAAAUGAUCAAUCUACCUUAACAUUUUAUCCUAUCUCUUCUUCAUAUCCAUCUUUUGUUGGUGUUGAACCUUCUGCUUUUCCUUCAGCUAAAAAUGUUGUCAUUUCUUCAACUCAUUCACUUUUUGUUGAUGAGAAUGUUGUUGUUUCUUCCCAACAACAUGCCUCCUCACCUGCACUCUCUUUUGAUCAUAGCUCAUCUUUUUGCACUGAAAAUGUUAACAUCUCUGGUAGACACUCUCAAGAUGUUGCUUCUUGUAGUAACACUGUGUCUAGAGCUGUAGAAAUUGAAACAUCUGAAGACAGUGAUGAAGGCAUGGAUGACAUGUCAGAUGGCUUAGUAAUAGAAUCAUCUCAGUCACUGUCAUUUCUCCACAAUUUUGAAGUCAUCACACAGUCCCAUCCUACUUGUCUUGUUCUAUAUGCUAUUUACAAAAGUAAAAGAGACCUUAUCCACCAUCUGAAGGUGUAUGCUAUCACAAACCACUUUCAAUACAGGACAAAGACCUCUAGGAAAAUAUCUUUACAUGUUAUUUGCUUAGAUCCAAAAUGUCGUUGGACUGUUCGAGCUGUAAGACUACCUGGCGUACAAAUGUUUCAAAUUAGAAGAUUCUGUCCAGAACACACAUGCUCUAUUGAUUAUAGACAAGACAAACAUAGACAGGCAACUGCUACUGUGAUAGCAAAAGUUAUUGCACACAAAUACCUUGAUGCUUCCAAUAAACCGUACCCACCAAAACAAAUUCGUGAAGACAUGAGUAUGCAGUAUGGAAUUUCCAUGUCAUUCAAAAAAUCUUGGAAAGCACAGAAGAAAGCAAUGCAGCUGCAAUUUGGUUCUGAUCUUGAAUCCUAUCAGGUUUUGCCUUCUAUGGCUUAUGUGCUUGAGAUGGCGAAUCCUGGCUCUAUGUUUGAUCUAGUCACAGGGAAGGAUGAUGCAUUUUGUACCUUUUUUAUGUCAUUCAGAGCAUGGAUAGAAGCUUGGCCUCACUGUAGACCUGUUCUUAUACUGGAUGGUUCAUUCCUCAAGGCUUACUAUAAAGGCACUCUUCUUACAGCUUGUUGUCAAGAUGUCAAUGAUCACAUAGUUCCUAUUGCAUCUGGUAUUUGUGAGUCUGAAACAAAAUCUUCUUGGAAAUGGUUUUUAUCCAAAGUCUGUCAGUCAAUACAGUACAGACAUGACCUUUAUGUAGUAUCUGAUAGGCAUAAAGGUCUUAUAAAGGCUGUUUCUGAAAUCUUGCCACAUGCUAGCCAUGGUUUUUGUGUUGCUCAUCUGCGUCGUAACAUGACACACAAAUUUAGAGGAUCUGCAGCUACUUUGGGAUGGAAGUUCAAAGCUGCCUAUAUGGCAGCAACUGUUAAAGAAUAUGAUGAUUACUUAUCCAUGUUGGAUUCUGAAAACUCCAGGAUAAGGACUUGGCUAGACAAAAUAGGUGCUAACACAUGGUCAAAAGUAAUUUCUGGACCAAAGAGAUAUAAUAUUAUGACCUCCAAUUGUGCUGAGUCUAUGAACAAAGUCAAUGUAUGUGCAAGAGAGUAUUCAGUCUCUAAACUUGUUGAGUUUUUGCGUGAAAGGAUGCAACAAUGGUUCACAGAGAGGAAAGAUAAAGCUGAGAAAACAAGUACUAUACUCACACGGAAAUGUGAGAAACGUCUUGUAGCUUUGCAAGCUGAAGCUACACGUAUGAAGGUGAAACCAUCAUGUGCAUAUGAAUUUGAAGUUGUUGAUAGCAGAUGCACGUCCUUUGUGGUCAAUCUCAACUCUAGAAAGAUGCUUGGCUUGCUACAUGGUCUGGUAUUAUGCAUCCAAUUGUUGAUCGUGACAGUUGGUCUGUUCCUGCUACUAUUCAAACCAACUAUGCAAGUCACCAACUUGUAUGAAGUGUCCUCCUGGUCGCCCGAAGAAAUCCAGGAUUCCAUCCAUUGGAGAAUAUAGAGGUUCAAAAAGACAAAAAUGUUCUAGAUGCCAUGUGCUUGGCCAUAAUAAGAAAACUUGUAGGAAUCUCAUUCCAAUCAAUACCCAGUGAUACCCAUGGCUAAUUCAUUGUAUUUUGUCUUUUGUUUUUAUAAAGUACUUUUAAGAAUUCUAUUAUGUGGUUUGGACACAGUUAUCAUUUGUUUAAAUGUUCUGCCAUUUAGUUUUCAGGCCUUGUGUUUUGGCAUUUUGUUUACUCGUAACUGACAUAUGUCAGAUUUGAU